AUGACGAAGGGCGUGUCGGACUUGUCGAAGGCGAAGCGCGUGCAGAUGAUGAACGAGGCGCGGCUGAUGCGAUAUUUGGGCCAUCCAAACGUCAUCCGCAUGUACGGCAUCGGCGUCCUCCGGCAGCCCCUCCUCAUCCUGAAGGCCCAAUUCGCCCUCGACGCCGCCGCCGGCAUCGAAUUUCUCCACCUGAAGCACAUUUUGCAUCGCGACCUCGCCUCCCGGAAUUGCCUCGUCCACAAGGAGCCCGGGCAGCGGCCCGUCGCCAAGAUCUCUGAUUUUGGGCUGUCCCGCCACGGGGAUCUGUACGCCCUGAAAGUGACGUCGAAGAUGCCGAUCAAAUGGCUCGCCCCGGAAGUGCUGAAGACGCUGACCUUCUCCCACAAGACGGACAUUUGGUCGUACGGCAUCGUCGUCUACGAGAUCUUCUCCGACGGCAAGGAACCGUGGCCGGGGAUGAAGAACGGCGAGGUGCGCAAACAGCUGCUCGACGGCAAGACGUUCGACUUUGACUGCGCGCCGCCGAAUUUGCGCCUGUUCAUCCGCGAGCACCUGUGGCACCAGAAUCCGGACAAGCGCCCGUCGAUGGCCGAGGUGACCGGCUGGAUGGAGAAGUUUGCGCAGACGAAGAAGUUCGAGCCGCGUGCCGAGGAUGCCCUCCACCAGGGCGAGGAGAUCGAGCCCGGGAGCAAGAGCGCCUACGCCCCGCCCCCCGAGCCGGAGGCUGUUCACCCGGCUGCGCUCCUCUGGGAAGACGUUUUUGUGCAAUGCUUAAACAGCUCGUACUCCCCGCACAGCCACCUCGAAGGGCCCUCCAAGUGGCCGUACCUCAUCGGCGUGCUCUUCCGCUUCCAUCUCGAACACGUCGGCCUACGUCCAAAUGCCCCACGUUCAUCACCA